CCCGCAAGCUCCAGAACAACACAUACCAGUCCGGUCUCUUCCGAGCGGUGCAGGAAUGGCGCUGAGGAGCAUGCGCGUGCUCGCGCUGGUGGCCGCCGUGGUCGUCGCGGCGGCGGCGCGCGCCGACGCGUGGACGCGCUACGACGAGAAGCAGUUCACGGUGACGGGCACCGUGCUGUGCCAGGACUGCACCAAGAACUGGAACGCCUACGCCUACAACGCCAAGCCAAUCCCCGGCAGCGUGGUGGGCAUCACGUGCCUGGACAAGAAGACCGGGCGGACGGUGUACUACGGCACGGACGCCACGGACGGCAAGGGCGUGUUCAACAUCGAGGUGCCCUACGCCGUGAACGGCGGCAGCCUCAACCCGGCGGACUGCCUCGUCCGCCUCGCGUCGUCGGGGGACAAGGGAUGCGCCGUGCUCACCAACUUCAACGGCGGCCGGAUCGGCGAGAAGCCGUCCCGCCCCGUGCAGCUCUACCCCGGCAAGGUCACCUACGCCGCCGGCCCAUACUACUCCACCCUGCCGCAGUGCGACGCCAAGGACGACGACGCCUGCUCCUACUGAUGAACGGC